AUGGCCCAGCGUCCUCCAGAUCGAGUCCUUGCCCAGGGCCAGAGCCAGAGCCAGCCUUGGCCCCAGUCACAGUCACAGUCUCCGUCGCAGACACAUGAACUCGCUCCAUCGCCGUCCCCGGCCGCUGCCGUCUCUGCUGUGAGAGAUACGGCCGCUGUUACUGCUCCUCCACCUUCUCAUCCUUCGUCGAUUGUUCCGACUUCUUCUACCUCUGCCCGCGAACCCGCCAAUAUGACCAUGGACGUGGACAGCGGCGCUGACGUCGACGAUCGCGCUCGUCGUGCCACCAGCGUCCUCUCAAUGGACGACAUCGAAGCGGCACAGGCCCUGGAAGGCCUUCGUUCUGACUUCUCGCGUCCAUCUCAACCCCCCGCCCCCGCAACGACCAAACCUGAACCGCUGCAGCCCGAACCGCUGCUCUCGCUUCUCACCUCGACGCAUCCCUUGAUCUCGUCGGCCAUCAACCAAGGCAUGUCCGCCUAUACCUCCUCCAAGUCGUAUUCCCCGCGCUUCAAAUACGGAGCCGAAUUCCUUGAACGGAAUAUCGGAUCGCACGUUGCCAAUACCGUCGGCACCAUCAGCCAGAAGACGGGAGUGGAGGGUGGUCUCCGGUGGGCGCUGCAGCGGCGGGACAACGGUGAUGCCAAUGAUCGUAACAAGCGGCGAAAGGUCGGCGAAGAGAAUGCGUCGACUGAGAUGGAUGUCGAGAAGGCAUUGUCCGAUCAGCAGCGCGCCCGGUCCUCGUCUGAGCUCUCUUACGAGACCCUCCCGCCGUACGAUGAUCAACGUUCGCCAAAGUACGAAGAGAUCAAUACGUCAGGCAACGCACGGCCAGCGUCCACGUGGCAGAGCCGCCUGAUGAUCUCGACUUCGGGGCUGGGAGUCGCCAUGAGCGAGGAGUCGCUCCGCAGUCUGACCUACUGCCUGAAGUGGCUGCGGUGGGCGAACGACCGGCUCAGUCGGGCGAUUGUGGCGCUCAAGAACGUGCUGCAGAAGUGGGACGAGUCGAGAAGGGAGAAGCCCGAGGAGACGGCGUCCAACCGCGCCGCGCUGUCGCAGCAUAUCCAGGCGGUCAAGGAGGAUGUGCUGCGGACGCUCAAGCAGGUGGUGGACAUUGUGUCCAAGUACACGGGAGGCGCGUUGCCGGAGAAUGCACGCAACCUGGUGCGCAGACACCUGAUUUCCCUGCCGCAGCGGUUCCGGAUCGCAUCGACGUCGCAGGCCCCGUCGGACGCGGGGUCGGACGAGGCGACGAGUGCGCAUCGGGUGCUGGUGCUGGCGCAGGAGGGGCUCGACAUGAUGGCGCAGGUUAGUCGUGUUGUUAACGACACGCUGGUCAGUGCUGAGGUCUGGUGCGAGAGGCUGGGCCGGAAGCGGCCUGACAUGAAGGAGCAGCUGCCGGAUCAUCCUGAUGUAAAGCAGCCUGAGAAGGCUAAGGCUGAGACACAGGAUAUCGAGAUGGGUGGGACGCAGGCUGCCUAG